AUGAGUGAAUCAUCUUUUCGUUUUAAUGAUUCUUAUUAUAUUGAUCCAUUACCUUAUUCAUCCUAUAGUACGAAUUCUUAUCCAUUUCGUCAACAAACACAUUCUCAUUUAACAUCAUCAAGUGUUUAUUUUUCAUCUUAUCAACAUCCAUUUUCAUCAUCGACAUCUCAACUUGCUCAUACAGAUGUAAUAUCCUAUCCAAAUUAUGAUACAACAUAUUUAAACGUUGCUGUAGCAGCAGCAGCUUAUCAAAAUGGUUAUCAAAAUCAAUAUCAAAAUAAUAAUACAGUUAAUGAUUCAAUUGAUAUUAGUUUUUGCACGCAUUUAGAUGGAUUAUAUGGAAAUAAUAAUGAACAAGAAAUUGAAGUAAAUUUUCCUCAACAAAAGCCAUCCACAUCAAUGGGUCAAUCAAGCAAAAAGAGAAAAUUUCAAGAUGAAACAAUGAAAUCACAAUAUGAAUCUGAACUUUGUCGAGUAUGUGAUGAUGUUAGUUCCGGGUAUCAUUUUGGUGUAUUUACAUGUGAAGCAUGUAAAGGAUUUUUUCGUCGUUAUUCAAAAAAAUUAACUAUUCUUGAACCAUGUCCUAUACGAUGUUGUAUAAAUAAAAAUAAUCGUAAUAAUUGUGCAGCAUGUCGUUUUGAUAAAUGUAAAUGUGUUGGUAUGGCUUUAGAUAAGAUUCGUUUUGGUAAGCCACCAAAAAUAUUUCGCUCUUCAUUAUCAACAACAAGUGUCAAACUUGAACCAAAUAAUAAUGAUUUUCAAUUGAUGUUAAAAUUACUUGAAUGUUAUCAAUCAUUUGAAGAAUAUGAACAACAACCAACAACAAUGAAUACUCAUUCAUCAAUCAUAUUUCAAUUUUGUCAUCGUUUAGCUGAUAUUGUUAUGCAUGAAAAUGAACGUGUACCAGAAACAUUUCUUGCACGUUUAAAACGACAUGAAUCAACUAUAAAAUUUUUAAUAACAGGUGAAAAUGAUCGAAAUUUAUCAUCAUGGAGUAAAGAACCGCAAGCAUGGAUAUUUGCACAUAAUGAACGAUGGCGUCUUAUUAUGAUUUUACUUAUAUUAGCUUUUGAUGAUGAACAAAUUGGUGGUGGAUCAUUUAUUGUUUUAUCAUCGUUAGAUAUGAAUGAAAAUAUAUUUCAUUCAUCAAAUGAUACAGUUAUUGAAAGAAUUUUACGUUUAUUUGAACUUGAAUGUGAUCAAGAAAAAGAAGUUCGUACUUAUACAGAAGGAUCAAAUACAUAUACUAAUAGUUUUGCUCAUGAGAAAAAUAUUAAAUAUAUGAAAGCACAAUUUGUUUUACGUUUUAUUGAUAUGAUGGCAAAUGAUAUGAUAUCGAACAGAACUUGUUCAUCAACAAUAAAUAAUGACUUAAUAAAUCCAUAUUUAGUUUCAGGCGAUAAUAUUUAUAAAAAUACAAAUGAAUUAAUUUGUUUACCAUGUAACAAUGAAAUACAUAUACAAACAACAAAACUUAAUCAAACAAAUAAUAAUUCUAGUGAAGUUCUCUAA